AGACGUGUGUACUGCCCAGCCAAGAUGGCUGACAGCAUCCCGUUAAAUCCGGUGCGAAAGAACUCGAAGAGAAUCCCGUAUUACAACGCAGCCAGACUUUCAAGACUGGGCGAGGAUGAGCUUAUAAAACCCUCAGGCUCAGGAAUGGACAGGAAGUGAACAGGUCGAAUGACCAGGUACACCAGUUGACAUACUCUCUCGAAGAUGAGGCCUCUAACCUGGAUGAGAUGCCUCUGAUGAUGUCGGAAGAAGGCUUUGAGAAUGACGAGAGCGACUAUCAGACGCUGCCCCGGGCCAGAAUCAAUCAGAGACAGAGAGGCCUCGGCUGGUUCCUCCUGGGAGGGUGGAGAGUCCUCUGUGGGAGCUGCUGUGACUGCCUGGCCCACAUAUGUCGGAGGAAGAAGGAACUCAAGGCCAGGACGGUGUGGCUUGGCUGCCCAGAGAAAUGUGAAGAGAAGUACCCCAAAAACACCAUCAAAAACCAGAAGUACAACGUCUUCACCUUUGUGCCUGGGGUUCUGUACCAGCAGUUCAAGUUCUUCCUUAAUCUCUACUUUCUGGUCGUGGCCUGUACCCAGUUUGUGCCAUCGCUGAAAAUCGGAUAUCUGUACACGUACUGGGCGCCUCUGAGUUUUGUGUUAGCCGUUACGAUGGUGCGAGAGGCUGUGGACGAGGUGCGCCGGUACCAGCGGGACAAAGAGAUGAACUCCCAACUCUACAGCAAGCUCACAGUGCGAGGUAAAGUUCAAGUGAAGAGUUCAGACAUACAAGUUGGGGACCUGAUCAUUGUUGAGAAGAACCAAAGGAUUCCUGCAGACAUGAUAUUCCUGAGAACGUCGGAGAAAAAUGGUGCUUGUUUUAUCAGAACGGAUCAGCUGGACGGAGAAACAGACUGGAAACUGAAGGUUGCUGUUGGCUGCACACAAAGGCUACCAGCAGUGGGGGACCUCUUCUCCAUCAGUGCCUACGUCUACGCCCAGAAGCCUCAGUUGGACAUCCACAGUUUCGAGGGGAACUUCACAAGGGAAGACACAGACCCACAGAUCCACGAGAGUCUGAGUAUUGAAAACACUCUUUGGGCCAGCACAGUCGUUGCAUCUGGCACGGUGAUAGGCGUGGUGAUCUACACGGGCAAAGAGACCAGAAGUGUACUGAACACGUCCUACGCCAAGAACAAGGUCGGCCUAUUAGACCUGGAAUUGAACCGCCUCACCAAGGCCCUCUUCCUGGCCCAGGUGGUUCUUUCUGUUGUCAUGGUAGCGCUGCAGGGAUUCGUGAGCCCUUGGAUCCGCAACCUCCUCCGAUUCGUCGUGCUUUUCUCUUACAUUAUCCCCAUAAGUUUGCGUGUAAACUUGGACAUGGGGAAGUCGGCGUACGGCUGGAUGAUCAUGAAAGAUGAAAACAUCCCCGGCACUGUUGUCAGAACCAGUACCAUCCCAGAAGAACUUGGCCGGCUAGUCUAUCUGUUGACAGACAAGACCGGCACUCUGACACAGAACGAAAUGGUCUUCAAGAGGCUGCACCUGGGAACAGUAUCCUAUGGCACUGACACUAUGGAUGAGAUCCAGAGCCACAUAAUUCAGUCAUAUGCACAGGUGACCUCCCAGCCCUCCAGCGGCAGCACCAGCGGCUCCACCCCAUCGCAGAAGACCCAGACGUCGGGCCCCAAAGUCCGCAAGAGUGUCAACAGUCGCAUCCACGAGGCCGUGAAGGCCAUCGCCCUGUGCCACAACGUCACGCCCGUCUACGAGUCGCACGCCGGCGUGAAUGGAGAGACGGAGUCUGCUGAGGCAGACCAGGACUUCAGUGAUGACAACCGCACGUAUCAGGCCUCCAGCCCUGACGAGGUGGAGCUGGUUCGGUGGACCGAGAGCGUCGGCCUCACCCUGGUGAACAGAGACCUGAACUCCCUGCAGCUGAAGACGCCUUCUGGACAGAUUCUCUCCUUCCACAUCCUGCAGAUCUUCCCCUUCACCUCCGAGAGCAAACGGAUGGGCAUCAUCGUCAGGGAGGAGUCAACGGGAGAGAUCACUUUCUACAUGAAGGGCGCUGACGUUGCCAUGGCGAGCAUCGUCCAGUAUAACGACUGGUUGGAGGAAGAGUGUGGGAACAUGGCCAGAGAAGGCCUGAGGACGCUGGUGGUGGCCAAGAAGUCUCUUUCUGAGGAGCAGUAUCAGGACUUUGAGAGCCGCUACAACCAGGCCAAGCUGAGCAUCCAUGACCGAGCCCUGAAGGUUGCAGCGGUGUUGGAGAGCCUGGAGAGGGAGAUGGAGCUUCUGUGUCUGACCGGUGUGGAGGACCAACUGCAGGCAGACGUCAGGCCCACACUGGAGCUGCUCAGGAACGCUGGCAUCAAGAUCUGGAUGCUGACAGGUGACAAGCUUGAGACGGCUACGUGCAUCGCCAAAAGCUCCCAUUUGGUCUCCAGAAACCAGGACAUCCACGUCUUCAAACCGGUCUCAAACAGGGGAGAGGCUCAUCUGGAGCUCAACGCCUUCAGAAGGAAACAUGACUGCGCUCUGGUCAUCUCUGGAGACUCCUUAGAGGUGUGUUUGCGGUAUUACGAGCAUGAGUUUGUGGAGCUGGCGUGUCAGUGUCCGGCGGUGGUCUGCUGUCGCUGUUCCCCGACUCAGAAGGCCCAGAUCGUCACACUCCUCCAGCAGCACACAGCCAACAGAACCUGUGCCAUAGGUGAUGGAGGAAAUGAUGUCAGCAUGAUCCAGGCUGCAGACUGUGGUAUUGGAAUCGAAGGGAAGGAGGGGAAGCAGGCGUCUCUUGCUGCAGACUUCUCCAUCACUCAGUUUAAGCACAUUGGCCGCCUGCUGAUGGUGCACGGCAGGAACAGCUACAAGCGCUCAGCGGCGUUGGGUCAGUUCGUCAUGCACAGAGGCAUGAUCAUCUCCACCAUGCAGGCUGUCUUCUCCUCCAUAUUUUACUUUGCCUCCGUGCCCUUGUACCAGGGUUUCCUCAUGGUCGGAUAUGCCACCAUCUACACCAUGUUUCCUGUGUUCUCCUUGGUUCUGGACCAAGACGUGAAACCAGAGAUGGCUCUUCUCUACCCAGAGCUUUAUAAAGACCUCACAAAGGGCCGUUCAUUGUCUUUCAAGACUUUUCUCAUUUGGGUUUUGAUCAGUGUGUAUCAAGGUGGCAUCCUCAUGUAUGGCGCGCUGGUGCUGUUUGAGUCGGAGUUUGUGCACGUGGUCGCCAUCUCCUUCACGGCGCUCAUCCUGACCGAGCUGCUGAUGGUGGCGCUGACCAUCCGGACGUGGCACUGGCUCAUGGUGGUGGCCGAAUUCUUCAGCCUGGGCUGCUACCUGGCCUCCCUCGCCUUCCUCAACGAGUACUUUGACUUGUCGUUCAUCACGACUUGGCCUUUCCUGUGGAAGGUGUCCGCCAUCACGCUGGUCAGCUGUCUUCCACUUUACAUAAUCAAGUACCUGAAGCGCAAGUUUUCACCUCCGAGCUACUCCAAACUGUCCUCGUGAUCCCAAACCGGGUUCACGCCUGUUUGUUUCGUGGUUUUGUGCUUCUCCCUACAGCUUUCUAUUUUCAGCACUUUUUUCCUCAGUGAUGGACACUGGAGGUCAAGGAACCACUGGAACAAUGGGAACUGGAGAGAAAUUAAAUAAUUCUCCUUUUGAUUGUGUCACUGAGACUUGGGAUGACUUGAAGGAAAUAGAGCACAUGAAACAAGACUAUGGAAGGCUUUGGAUUUGGUCCCGCAGACCAGGAGCGCGAGAUGGCGUCGGUGACUGCACUCAGAAGGCCCGAAACACGUGACCUCAUUUUGUUGAUAAAGGGUCAAUCUGCCUUCUUUUGCUUCAAAGCACUUCAAACAAAUCAGCUUCAAGUGUCGUUUUAUACAGCUCUGAUGCAUUACUUUUCAGUGUUUGAAUUUUUAUAUGUGGAGUUCAGAAUUUUUUUAAGUGUUAUUUUUUAUUCUUGGUAUUCAUCGCAGUUGCCGGCCUGCAUCUGUGAACAGUGUUGAGUUGCGUCACGGGUCGUUUCUGUUGGCGUUUCGCUGCGUUACUGUACGUAAAGCCUUCAUGUUGAGCCGCUGCUGUCGACGUAGACUUCGCUGCGUUUCAGUUCCUGUACGAACGACGACAUUCACACAGAAAAUGCUGGAGCUUCAAAGUGAAUUUCUGUGCGUCUGCUGCUUUGUGACCUUUAAAGACAAUGAAAGACAUCUUCAGUCCUCCAGCUCCACAGUAUAAAACCAGCACUCCAUAGCAGCGUUACACAUCGUAUUGUCAGCAUAUUUGGCUUUGAUUGUACUGCAGAAUUUUACAUUUAUGAUGUCUGUCGGCAGCCGCCAGUCCUCCCGUCGGGACGCGGCCGCCCCAUUCGUGCCUCAUUAUGAAACCGCAUCUCACAGCACUGGAUGUUAAGCUGUCGAUCAGAGGUUUUGGUUUUGUUACCACUGCAGCCACAAUUUCCAGGAUCUUGAAUCUUUUAGGAAAACAUUUCUCUGGUGAUUACUUUAAAGGUCGCAAGGAAGGACCCUGAAUCACUGUCAGCUGUGUAUUUUUAGGUAUUGAUCGACAAUACGACUCAACUUGGGCCUCCGUGUCGACAUUCAGCUAAACGAGGAAUGAGUUUUAUCAUUCACUCCAUGUACUGGAAGCGCUGAGCAUGUUUUUGAGCACAGAUAAAGGAAUAAGAAGGUUAAACAGCCAAAUGUACAGUUAAAUGUACAGUGUUCGGGAUGUAGUUUAGCCGUGUUUAUCAGUCGGGUUGUCAUUUUCAUUCAUUCAUUCAUUUUUUUGAGUCAUAAUUGAGUUAAACUCAGGUCGAUCAUUCCUAACCUGUUCUUGAUUUGUUCAAACUGUGGCAACCCUACUGUAAAAUGAAGCUCCGCUGUGUAAGGAGGCCGAGGAAUAGUGGAUGUAGUUGUUAGCGAAAGAGUUGGUGUGGCUGCGACACUUCAAUGCAAAUUGCAUUUAGGGUUUAAAUUUCUGAUUUCCAUUCUUACGAAUUCCAGAUGCUGAUUCCUGUGUUUUCUGUCGAGAUCUUUGUUGUGUGUCUGUGAUGUUGUAUAAACUUUUCUUUCAUGUUAAUUUGCUUUCCAUGUCUUACACUACGAUUUCUAACAGUCUGUUUGUUAUUUAUAUUGUUACUGGUUAAUGAAUAAUAAAAAGAGAUUGAUGAGAAAA